AUGGUUUCUCCAGCUUCUACCUCCUCUAACUCCGCCAAAGAUGUGCCGGCAGCUCUGCAGCCCCGGCCGGUUGACAACCAGGCGGAUGGGGAGAAGAAAUCCGAGCCCGCCAACGAAUAUGAAGAUGCCGAGAAGAAUUUCCAACCAAAGUCUCUCAAGUUCUGGACGAUUAUUAUCGGCAUAUUUCUAUCCGUUUUCCUUAUCGCACUGGAUCGUACGAUCAUUGCAACGGCCAUCCCCCAAAUUACCGACGACUUCGACUCGAUCCAGGAUAUUGGCUGGUAUGGAAGUGCUUACAUGUUGACUUGCGCCUGCUUCAAUCCCAUCUCCGGCCGUGUCUAUCAGCUCUACUCGACGAAAUGGGUUUUCGUGGCCUCGAUUGGACUCUUCGAGGCCGGGUCGGUCCUCUGCGGUGCCGCUCCUAACUCUGCCGCCUUCAUCCUCGGACGAGCCAUUGCCGGUUUAGCAUCGGCCUUCAUCUUCUCGGGCGCUAUGGUGCUCACACUCCCGCUGAUCCCUCCAAGCAAGCGGCCUGUUAUCAAUUCAAUGUUCGGCAUGGCAUUUGGGAUAGCGUCCGUGAUGGGCCCAGUGGUGGGCGGCGCUUUCACUGAUCAUGUGUCAUGGAGAUGGUGCUUCUACAUCAACCUACCAAUUGGAGGAUUCACGUUGCUCGCGGUUCUCCUCUUCCUGCACCCGGAAGCGACAACGAAGAGCGAGAAGCUCACUGCGAUGUCCCAAGUCAAACGGCUUGACCCGAUCGGGAUUCUUUUCUUCAUUCCAUCCAUCGUAUGCCUCAUCCUCGCCUUGCAAUGGGGCGGCUCCACCUAUUCCUGGUCGGCACCAAGGGUAAUCGGCCUUCUUGUGGCCUUCUCGGUCUUGUUCGUCGCCUUCGUCGUUGUCGAGGUCGUGACACCAGAUACGGCGAUGGCGCCGACCCGUGUCGUCCUCAACCGGUCCAUUGCCGGCAGUUUGACCUUCAUGUUCCUUCUCUCCGGCGGCAUGAUGUCUGUUAUCUAUUAUUUGACGGUUUGGUUCCAGGCAGCGAAGGGAGAUUCGGCAAUCCAGGCGGGCAUCAGCACCAUCCCUCUGUGUCUUGCUUUUGUUAUCUUUGGGGUCCUCGCAGCCAUCGUGACGCAAAAGAUCGGCUAUUAUGUCCCACCAAUGCUGCUAUCACCAGCUCUUUCGUCCAUUGGCGCGGGUAUGCUUUCGACUUUGUCGCCUGGCUCCGGGCACAAUGCCUGGAUCGGCUACCAAGUCCUCUACGGCUUUGGUGUUGGCUCGGGCUUUCAGAACUCGGUCCUGCCAGUCCAGUACGUUUUGCCCCGCGCGGACGUCCCGAUCGGUCUGGCCUUGACGUUCUUCAUGCAGCAGCUUGGUGGCUCCGUCUUCCUCGCUGUCAGUCAGAACGUUUUCUCGAGUAGCCUUGUUGGCAACCUGUCGGGGACUACCGGUCUCGAUGCUCACACCAUUGUCAACACCGGUGCGACGGAUCUUCGGAGAGUCCUCCCCCUGGAGCAGCUUGGUACAGUCGUGCGAGCAUACAGCCACGCGCUGACACGAGUGUUUCUUCUCACGGCCAUCCUUUGUGGGUGUAUGUCACUGGCUGUGUUACCUGUAGAGUGGAAGAGGAUUCCCGGCAAGAAUGAGUCCAAGGGGGAACCGCACUCCCUGGAUACUGAGACGGGGCAUAGUAAGAAGGAGGUGAGAACGGAGGCAUGA